AUGGAAGAUGAAAGCAGCUACCAAGUUCCACAUGACAUAGAAAACCCACACACUCCAUUACUGACUUCAAUGAGAAGUAUGCUGUAUAACCUGUCUCCUUUAUCCUCGUCCUGCUGCAUCUGCAGGGUUCCUAGGCGCCUACGUCGAGUUAGUGAAAAGGCCUACACACCUCAAGUAGUUUCUAUAGGCCCCCUUCACCAUGGCAAGGAAGCCUUAAAACCCAUGGAAGAGCACAAAAAUAGGUACCUCCAAGAUUAUCUAAUCCGAACCAAUCUAAGCUUGGAGCAUUACAUAAACAAAAUAAGGAGGAGAGAAGCAGAACUGCGUGAUUGUUACGCAGAAACCAUUCCAUUCGACAGUGAUGAAUUUGUUAAAAUUGUCCUAGUGGAUGCCGCUUUCAUCAUUGAGGUUUUAUUGAGGUACCAUUUCCAUGAGUUGCAGGAUGAGAAUGAUCGCAUAUUCAAGAAACCAAGGAUGUUUGAAGAUGUAUGGCCUGACAUGAGAAUGCUUGAGAAUCAGCUCCCAUUCUUUAUCCUUCAGGAUCUUUUUGAUCCUAAAAGGAUUCAAGUACCUUUUGAAGAGGAGAACUUCUCCAUAGUUAACCUUUCUUACACUUUCUUCAGAGCUCUAAUGAACAUAGAGGAUCUGGAAGACACUUUGGCAACUAUAAGCUCAUCUACAGUAGACCAUUUUGUUGAUUUUGUGAGAAAAUUAUAUCCACCACCCCCGAAGAUAGCACAAGCUCGAGCGCAACAAAAAUAUCCAACCGGAGCCAGCAUGAGACAGCUAUCUAUAUCAGAAGUACCACAAGCUCGAGGGCAAACAGAAAUCCCUACCCCACCCAGCAUGACGGAGCUAUACAGGGCAGGAGUCAAGUUUAAGGUAGGAUCAGGCAAAAAUAUGUUUGACAUACAAUUUAACAAGGGGACCUUGCAAAUUCCAAAGAUUACAUUUAGUGAUCAAUCAGAGGUAAAUCUGAUAAAUCUCCUAGUGUUUGAACAAAGCCAAUGCAAGGAGACGGAGAAUUACAUAAAUGAUUACAUUGGCAUCUUAAACAUUCUCGUCAACUCCCCCGAGGAUGUGUCAUUGCUUGUCAAGAAUGCAAUCUUAGUGAACAAGUUAGGCGACAGCAAGAAAGGGUGUACCAUGAUCAAGAAUAUGGGUGAUGGGGUGAAUAUUGUGGACUACAACAAGUUCCAUUUCGCUCCUCUUUGUGAAAAGCUGAACGAGCACUGCGCAAAGUCGAGGCACAAAUGGCUGGCACUUUUAAAGCAGAACUAUUUCAACACGCCUUGCAAAACCAUCUCGGUCAUUGCAGCGGCUUGUAUAAUUCUAUUUACUCUCAUACAGACAGUGUGUUCUGUUAUCUCUGUUCGUUCUCAUUCUCACUGA